CGGCUUUACAGCAAUGUGCCCACACCAGUCAACUGACACUUUGGCUUCAGUUGAACAUCACCCUCUCCAUGCCCUGUCUCCUGAACCAGGAAGGAUUUAACUCAUAUUAACUGGGGAUACAGCUGACGGAGUGUUCGCUACAGUGCACCAUGGCAACUCCACCUCCACCAGACGAGGAAGAGCAGGUGGUUCCAGAUGAGGAGGAGCAGAGUGAGGAGCGGACGGUGAAGGAUGUGCAGGCACGCUACUUGCGCUGCCCCUCUCCCACUGGAAUGUCUACAGCCUCGGACCGGUUCUCCACCAUGACAGACAGGUUCUCCAUGAUCUCUGGCUUCUCCAACUCGGACAGUAUCUUCAUGGAACCUAUUCACCUGUCCUCUUCCGUUGCUGCCAAAAAGAUCAUCAAUGAAGAGUUGCCGCCGAGAAAGGUGAAGAUGAGCCCCUACCCCGAGUCCCUGCUGGAGACCCCGGAGCAGCUGAUGGUGGAGGACCUGUACAAUCGCGUCAAGGACAUGAUGGACGACCGCAGCCCCUACAAUACGCCCUGCGUGCUGGACAUCCAGAGGUCAAUGAUCAAGGACAAACUGGAGGCGCCCUUCAACGCCGUGGACGAGGUGUGGCCCAACAUCUUCAUCGCAGAGAAGUCAGUGGCUGUCAACAUGGCCCGUCUGAAACGUAUGGGCAUCACACACAUCCUGAACUGUGCGCACGGCACAGGCGUCUACACAGGCCAGGCGUUCUACGCGGGCAUGAACAUCAGCUACAUGGGUGUCGAAGUGGAUGACUUUGCAGACGCGGACAUAUCGCCUCACUUUCGCACGGCGGCCGAGUUUCUGGACGAAGCUUUGCUGACACAUAAGGGUAAGGUGCUGGUGGACUCCAUGAUGGGCGUUAGCCGCUCCGCCAUCCUAGUGGCCGCCUACCUCAUGAUCUUCCAGGACAUGACCAUCAUGGAGGCGCUGUCGGCGAUCCGCAAGAAGCGCGCCAUCAACCCCAACGAGGGCUUCAUCAAGCAGCUGCGAGAGCUCAACGAGAGCCUCCAGGAGGAGCGUGAUGGCGAUGACGACACUCUGAGCGAGUGUUCCGUCAUCGACGCCCGCCGACUGCUGGCGCAGGAUGCGCUGGGGGAGGAGGAGGAGGAGGAGAGCGUCAUGGGCGUCAAGGCCCACUCCAUCAUGAUGGAGGAGGAGGAGGACUGUGGCAGUGUCAUGAGUAGCGUGGCCUCGUCCGCCGCCGCGGCGGCCAUGAAAGCGGGGAUCCGAGGAGGUGAUGGUCGUACUUACGAGAACGGUGCCCCGAGCUUGGCGGACGAUGUCGAACUGCCGGGGAAAGGCGGAGAGGACGAGGACGACGACGAUGUCGACUCAAUGGUGCGGGAGUGGCAGAAACGAAAUGAGAAGUUUCAAGACGAAGACUGGUGGGAGGCACAGCUGAUGUGCGAGGAUGACGAGGAAUCUGUCGUCGCCGGCGUCGAAGGGGAAGGACGGAAGCGUAUCCCGAAGCCGGAAGACCUCGAGAGCGUCACUAGCGAGGAAGUCCGGGACAUGAAAGUAGCGCUGAUGAAACGCUCCAAGUGCAAAACCUUUGACAGCGCGUCCACCACGAGCUGCAGCAGCUUCUCGGACGUCUGGAAGGAGCGGCUGCAGGAGAUCGAAGAGCAGGCUGCCGCUCGGUACAAGGCCAGGGAUGAGGAGGAGACGAAACAAGCGAGCAAGAAGAUCGACGAUGACCUCGAGAGCUUGAUGUCAGACUCCAGCUCCAUGUACAACUUCUGCAAGAAAAACAAAGACAAUCUGUCGGUCUUGGAGCGCUGGAAGGUCAAACGCAUUCACUACGGGUGGAACAAAAACAAAGACGACGGCGACACGAGUAGCGUACUCAGCGGUGCGAGUUCAAGUAGAGGCGACGGGGAGGAACCUCCUCCGCCAAACCUCGAGGACGUCAACUUGACUGCCUACCAAACUUGGAAGCUGAAGCAGCAACAGAAGUUCGGUUUUGAUGAGGACAAGGAUGACCUGGCAAGCUUGUCACGCGUCACCGACUCAAGCACUCAAAAACGCAGGCAGCGGCGGGAAGAACUCCUCGAGCGCUCACGGAAGACGCUGGAAGAAAGCCAGUCUGUGUGCGGCUGGGACGAAGCGUCCGGAAACACCAUUCCCCUUUCUGCUUUUUGCGCGGGAGCGUUCCCCGCUCAAAGCACUGCUAACGACGACAACAUGUCCAUGCUAAGUGGACGAUCGUCGAUGAUUAGUGGAAGGUCAUCUGUGAUCAGCGGACGGUCUUCGGUGCUCGGAGGAAGAGCGCCAUCACAAGCGGGUAGUGUACACUCCCAAUCGGUGCUGGGAGGAAGAGCGCCAUCACAAGCGGGUAGCGUACACUCCCAAGCAGCUCUUCCACAAAUACAGCUCCCACCCAUGCCUGCCAUGCAGAAUGCAGACGGAGAACCCAUGGUGAACAUAGCCGCCAUUCAGAACUGGAUUUCCAAUGUCGUGGUGGAGACGCUGAUGCAGAAACAGGGAGACGUGGGGGAGGGAAGCCUGCCUGCUUUGUCCGUCGACCUAGGCCUCAGCACUGGCCGAGCAUCACGCCUUGGUUCUGUUCGCAGUGGCUUCGAUGACGACAGGAUGUCAAUGCUGAGUGGUACAUCCUACUCCAGCAUGCGGUCUCAAAACCGGAGGGCAGAGUCCGUCCUCUCCGCCGGGGGUAUGUCGAGGUCUGCGUCAGAGUUUGGCGCUUCUUCCAGCAAGAGUAAAAUCACCACGACCAGCGUGCCGCUCUACAGCCUCUUCCAGGACACGGUCAACUUGAAUAAACUGGACAAGAUGGAGAAGGACAUCAAGUCAGAGAUGAGUGACAGGAUCGCGACCUACGAGAAGAUAAAAAUAGCGGAGGACAACAAACGCAGCACGCUGUUCAAAAAGAAAAAGCCAAAGGAGGACAGCGAUGACGAGGAGGCCGAGGGGGCCGACGCAUUUGGUACCACGACAGGUAAAUACGGCUCUUACCUAGCCAAUUCCUCCACACUCCUUCCCGACUCCACCACCCCAACUCCUGCCCGCCGAAAAAUAAAACGAGAUUACGGACUGUCAGGGAGACUCAACAUCUCGGGAAUAGAACGCGAUAAGUCGUGCAGCAUUGACGAAUGGUUGAAGAACGUAAGGCCGCCCGGUGCGAGGUCCGAGCAACUCGAUGAGGAAGAGGAAGAGGGCGCUGCCACUGUGUCUGAGCACGCGAACGGGGCCUUCGCCCGGCCCUCAGCAUUACCUGACACCUCAAGACGCAGAGUCAAUGACUUGAGUGAUGACGAUGACGACAUGAUGACCAGCAUGUCCGGUUACUGCCCUCCAGACACCGGCUAUUCCAACUUCAGCAGAGACGACAGCCCGCCACCGCGGUACCAGCCAAGAUCUUACUCCGCCGAAGACACCGAAAGAAGAGUCAGGAACAGAAGGGAGGAAGAGGAGGAGGACGAUGAUGAAGUGAACGCCUAUCUCAGUCAAAUCCGGCAGCGGUGUCGCGAGAGAGCGCAGAGAGAGAUGGAACAGGGGGAUGACGAGGUGCUAGCUGCCUGGAGGAAACAGGAAGAAGCAAAGACCUCUACACGGAGUUAAAGGCAACACGAGAGAAUGGAUCAAAGCCAAACUAAUUCCUCCUGCCCUUUCCCCUUCUUUGUGGCCUCGUCAUGCAAGGCUCAACAUCAUUAAUGAUCGAAGCAUUAUUUAAUAUAUCGCAAAAGCACAAUAUAAAGGUCCUUAUAUCAUUAGCAAUUGGGAUGUUGAAUGGUAGGAAGCCCACGAAAAGUCGCUCUGCUUAGGUUGCCGGGGGGAGACAUAAUUGGGUUUUUUUCCACAGAGGCAUCAUGGACGUUAGACGCCACAAGCAACAAGACAGGACCAGAGGGACAAGUUUGACUUUCAAACAAUCUAUUGCUUCAAACUACUGUAAGGCCUACUUAAAGGGUAAAUUGCCUUUCCCCCCAAAUGAGAAAUUCCAAAUGGUUCCAGGAACUGAUUUUGGAGUUGGACUUUUGUAGUUUUGUUCACAAAUGUGUGAGAUUUUGUUGGACCUUUUCUAUUUAACAGAAAGAAUAAAUCAUCAAUGAGAGAGUGUAAAAAGUAUUUAACUCAAUAAAACAAAUAAAAAUAAGCAAGGCCAUUUCUUUUA